CGCCACGUCACCUCCCGCUAUAUACCCAAACCACCAUUUACACGAGCUCGCGAGAUCAAGAGAGCACCACCACUCGAUCGCAGCGAGACCCACCCUCAAGCUCCAAGCUCCAAGAACCAUGGCCGCCACCUCGCUGUCGCCGCCGACCGUGGCCGGGCUGCGGCUGGCGCCGUCGCCGCGCGUGCGGUCGCCGUCUGUGGCGUUCAGGGCGGCGCCGGCGAGGAGGAGGUCGGUGGCGGCGAGGGCGGAGCUGAGCCCGUCGCUGGUGAUCAGCCUGAGCACCGGCGUCUCCCUGUUCCUGGGGCGGUUCGUGUUCUUCAACUUCCAGCGGGAGAACGUGGCGAAGCAGGUGCCGGAGCAGAACGGCAAGACGCACUUCGACGCCGGCGACGAGCGCGCCAAGGAGUUCGCCGGCCUGCUCCGGUCCAACGACCCCGUCGGCUUCAACCUCGUCGACGUCCUCGCCUGGGGCUCCCUCGGCCACAUCGUCGCCUACUACAUCCUCGCCACCUGCAGCAACGGAUACAACCCAAACUUCUUCUGAUCAUUCUCAUCUUGGAUGGAUGCAAUGUAAUCUGAAUGGAUCUCUGGUGUUUCUACGUGAUUAUGUAUGAGAUGGGUAAAAAAGAAAAGAAAAAAGGUUGAUUAAUUUGGAACAGUAGUGCAAUCGCGUGUGUAUAUUGGCCGCAUGAAAUUUGUCAGUUUGAUGAUCUUUCUCUAUGCUCAUGUAUCAGUUACUUUCAGAGUUUCAGA